CAAACCCAUAGCUUUCACAGUUGCGUGCCUGCAUUGGGCAUUUGACCUAUAACCCAUUGUCCCAGCUCAUUUCUGAAUUCUGAGAGUGAGGGAGUGAGACUAAGAGCUCUAUAUACAGUGGUCACUCUCUCUCCUCACUGUUGGCCAAUUUGGAGCUGCUGCAGCUUCUACAUUUCUGCUUAAUUCCCCUUUGCAGUCUCCAAGCUGAGCACCAAAAAUGGCGACCAGCACUAGCUUCAGCUACUGCUCUUCACUAUUCUUAUCAAUUCUAAUCAUUUCAGGGUUUGUGUUUGCUGAAAUGGUGAAUUCAAUGGGGAUAAACUACGGCCAAAUCGCCAACAACUUACCUUCGCCGGACGACGUUGUUCCGUUGGUGAAGUCCAUCGGCAUCUCCAAGAUCAAGCUCUACGACGCCGAUCCCAAAGUCCUCAAGGCCUUCGCCAACACCGGCGUCCAGUUCAUAGUAGGCCUGGGCAACGAGUACCUCACCAAGGUCCAAGACCCGGCCCAGGCCCAAAACUGGGUCAAGUCCAACGUUCAGGCCCACUUACCCGCCACCAACAUCACCUGCAUCUUCGUCGGCAACGAGGUCCUCACCUUCAACGACACGUCGUUGAGCAACAAUCUCCUCCCCGCAAUGCAAAGCGUCCACGCCGCCCUCGUCUCUCUCAAUCUCGACAAGCAAGUCACCGUCACCACCGCCCAUUCCCUCUCCAUUCUCGAGACCUCGUUCCCGCCGUCGGCCGGAGCUUUCCGGCAAGAUCUGACCGGCUGCAUCACUCCGAUCCUCAACUUCCACUCCAAAACAGGCUCGCCGUUCUUGAUCAACGCAUACCCCUACUUCGCCUACAAGUCAAACCCUAAGCAGGUGCCUCUGGACUACGUCCUCUUCCAGCCCAACUCCGGCUCGCUCGAUUCGGGCACCAAUCUCCACUACGACAAUAUGCUCUUCGCUCAGAUCGACGCCGUUUACUCCGCCCUAGCUGCGCUAGGGUUUAAGAAGCUUCCGGUUCACAUAUCCGAGACCGGUUGGCCGUCAAAGGGCGACGAGGACGAAGCCGGAGCGACGCCGGAGAACGCGAAGAAGUACAACGGGAAUCUGAUCAAGCUCAUCUGCCAGAAGAAGGGCACGCCGCUGAGGCCCGGUUCGGAUCUCAACAUCUACGUCUUCGCUCUGUUCAAUGAGAACAUGAAACCCGGCCCGACUUCCGAGAGAAACUUUGGGCUUUUCAAACCCGACGGUUCGCCCGCGUACUCAAUCGGGCUGUCGGUGAGCAACAGCUCCUUUGGUAACGGUAACUCGAGUUCGAAUUCGGGUUCGGGUUCGGGUUCGGGUGGGUUGGUGAAUCCGAUUACUCCCUCUCCGCCGGGAACUUCCAGUUCUGGCUACUUGGCAAUUUCUUCCGCCGCGGUCACGGAGAGUUGCCAUGUGAUUGGUUUGAUUCCCAUGUUAGUGGUCUUCUUGUUGAUGAAACAUGUCCUUUGAAGUUAGGGAAAAAGCUGAUACCAAUAAGUGCUCAAGCCUUUUAAUCAGAAAUCAAGAUGUGAAUGGACGGUGGAAAAGAUAGAGAAAAAAAAAAAAAACCGAGGCUUCUUGGGAUUUAGGAAAAAAAAGGUGAAACUCUGUUCCUUUGCUCAUAACCCACUUUUACUGUGAAUCACCAUCAUCAUCACACAUCAUCAUAACAUUUAUGAAAUCUAGAAUUUUAAAAUGCUUUUUAUCUGUUUGUCGAUGCAUUGUGAAUCUCAUAUGCAUCAACGGUCACUAUAUAAAAUUUGAUUGUUACAUAAAAUUCCCAAUGAAGCCCCACACCGUGAUGCAUUUUUCUUAAUAAUCCAUCAGCAUGUCUCAGAUAAGUUAAAAGGUGUGGGGUUCACUGAGGAAAGUGAUGAUGGUGGGUGGCCUUUAACUCUUUUUGGUUGGCAGUAGCAUCUCAAAUGGUACCAAACUUAUUUAACAAGUCUUCAACUUUUCUCUCUUUCUUUUGUUUGGCUUUUGCAGGAGAAUUAUUUUCAUUGUCUUAAUAACUCUAGUGAUUAGGGAGAGAGGUGUUAGUUUAGUGCUGCUGCUGAUGAGGACGUCUGGAAGGAGGCAGUCUUGAGAGAGAGUUAUUGAUUUAUUUGAUCACUUUUGUAUUUGUUGUAGUACGUAUCUGUGUCAUCUGAGAUUGUGUUGUUACUGUGUAUGGACAGUACUUUACCUUAUCUA